AUGUCGAACAACCAGGACCCAGAGACGCUCGUCGCUGACGCAUUGAAAGCUUCGUCGAGCGCCGAUGCCACCAAAGUGGGAAUCGCCGUGGGCGUCUUCGCUGCUCUCGGUGCAGUCACCCUUAUUGGCUUUGAGAUCCUGAGACCGAACAAUAAAAUCGUCUACGAGCCGAGAAGAAAGUAUCACGAAGCAGGCAAAGCUGAACCACCAAGAAUAAGCUACUCGUUCUUAGGCUGGAUCGCACCGGUAUGGAGGGCAAAAGAGGAGGAAUUGCUGCCAUUGAUGGGCCUCGAUGCCAUCACCUUUCUCCGCUUCAUUCGCAUGUGCUGCUGGAUCACAACGAUCCUCGGCAUCGCACUGGCCGCUGUGCUUUUCCCUGUCGAUAUCGUGGUCAACUUGCACAACAACAAUACCGACACUGAUGGCAGCUCAAAGAGCUCUGCGCUGAGUUAUCUCAAUCUUUCGCAGAUCUCGGGCUCGCCGUUGUGGGCCCAUGUCAUCAUGAGCUACGUCGCCUGCCUCGUCUCACUCUAUUUCGUCUACCGGAAUUAUAAGCGCAUGGUCGCCCUUCGAUGGGCUUUUUUCCGAUCCGACGCCUACCAGACGAGCUUUGCCGCCAGGACGCUGAUGCUUACGGGCGUGCCCAGGCCUCUUCAGUCGGACCAAGCUUUGGCAUCCUUGCUAUCUUCUACAGGCAUGCCCUACCCCACGACCGAGGUUCACAUUGGUCGCGAAGUAGGAUCGCUUCCCGAUCUCAUCGAAGCCCACGACGAUACCGUUCGCAAGCUGGAAAGGGUAUUUGCCAAGUACCUCAAGGACCCCAAUAAGGUUGCUGCUCACAGGCCGACGGUACGUAUUGGGAAGUCUCUGGGCAUGUUUGGAGGCGAGAAGGUCGAUGCCAUCGAUCACUACACGAAUCAGAUCAACAAGAUCGAGGCGGCUGUCGAGACUUGGAGGGAGAGAAUUGCGGAGAAGAAGCCGCAGUCCUACGGAUUCGCUUCAAUGGCUGCUGUGCCUUACGCCCAUGCGACAGCCAAGGCUCUCAAGAACAAGAAGCAGAGGGGAAUCACAAUCGAGCUCGCGCCAGAACCAAAGGACAUUCUGUGGGGCAACCUCACGAAGACUGCUGCCCAGAAAUUCAGCACGAGCGUCACGGGAUGGGUUCUCCUUUCUGUGCUGCUCUUCGUCAACGCCGUGCCCUUGCUUGGCGUGGCCUUGAUCUCGCAGAUGGCUUCCUUCGUCAACGUCCUGUCUUUCCUCAAGACUUGGCAAGACCUCUCUGGCUGGACCUUUGCGGCUGUCGCCGCCCUAGUUCCGCCUGCCAUCUCGGGCAUCAUGGGUUUCUUCUUGCCCAUCCUGAUGCGCAAGCUGGCAAAGUACAGAGGCGAGAGGACGAGGACGCAGCUGGACAAGGUCGUCACUGGACAAUACUUCGCGUUCCUCAUCGUGUCUCAGUUCAUUGUCUUCACCCUCAUCGGCGUCCUCAUUACAUCGGUGGCCACCCUCGUUGACCGCAUCAAGUCGCACACGAGCGCCAGCGACGUCUUUGAUGCCCUUGGAGACCAGACCAGAGUCGUCAAGAAACAGUUCCUCAACAUGAGUAACUAUUGGCUCACCUGGAUUCCCCUACGUGGAUAUCUAGCCUUGUUCGACUUGGCCCAAGUAGUCAAGCUGCUCCUCGUCUGGUUCCAAAAGGGCUUCCUAGGCAGGACGCCGAGAGACGUGCGAGAGUACACCAAGCCGCCGGACUUCCAGUACGCCAUCUACUACGGCAACUUGCUCUUCCUCUUUGCCGUUGCCGUCAUCUACGGCUGCCUCUCACCCCUCGUCAUGAUCUUUUGCGCAGCCGCCUUCUGGGGUUCGCUGGCCGCCUACAAAUACCAGCUUAUGUACGUCUCUGUUACGAAGGUCGAGUCUGGCGGCAAGCUUUGGCGUGUCAUCGUCAACCGGAUUCUUGCUUGCCUCAUCUUCAUGCAGCUCAUCGUCAUCUUUGUCAUGGCGCUCGACCAAGUCGAUCUGACCUCACGAAUCAUCAAGAUCGCUUGCUCAGUACCGCCAAUCGUCCUCGUCCUCGCCUUCAAAAUCUACUGCCGAAAGCGCUUCGACGAGAAGUUCGACUGGUAUAUUCCAGGUGCCGAAGAGCUGUCGGCGUCCAAGGUCCACGGUGGCGACGCCCGCCACCACCGAUUGCAGAGACGCUUCGGUCACCCAUCGCUACACCAGCGCCUCUUCACUCCCAUGGUUCACGCUCGUGUCAAGCACCUCUUGCCGCAGGUCUACCGCGGAAGGCUCGAGCAAGCUGGCGUACAGGACAUCGACGGUCGCAAGGUCGAAACGGAAGAAGUCACCGGCGGGCUCAAGAUUGCAGCCAUCGAGGAGGACCAGCUCGAGUACGACCCCAAGAACGACUCGGAUAUGCAAUCGAUUAUUUCGGCCACGACAAUGGCUGGGCCAUUUUCGUCCGGCGGGAUGGGCACGCCUCGGGGACCACCGUCUAGGAACAAUACAUAUGACUUCCAGAACCAAUACGCUGCUUAUCUCGCUGGUGGUGCCGCACAACCACCUCGGGGCUUCACAGGCGAGGAGUAUGAGCUCAAUGGGAUGGCACGGGGAAGCCAAGAGAACCUGCUGGAAAAGGCGCAGCCACUGAGCAUGGUGAGCGACUCAACGACAGUCUUUGGAAGCGGCGGCCAUGGACGCAAGGCCUCGGCGGGCACCUAUAAGACGUAUGGCUCGCCGGCAAACACGCCCGGUCUUGAAUACCCUCCCGGGAGAUCACCCGGCGUGGAUCUGGGCUAUCAGCAGCCAAUCACCCAUCACCAAAACGAUAGCCAGAUCAGCAUUGGAAGUGCUGGAGGCUAUUUUGGGGGCAAUGCUUCGGCUUCUCCUCAGCAAUACCCUCCUCGCGCUGGAUCGAAUGGUGGACCACGGGGUGCCUACGGCCCCACCCGUCAGACAAGCCAAAAUUCGCUUCAGCAGCAGUACUACAAUGCGGCUCAACCGGUUCGCCAAUCGCCACAGCAAGAAGCCCAGCGCUUCUACGGCCACCAAGGUCGAGGCAACGGCUCUCAGACAUCGUUCAACGCCUACACACAACAGCAACACCCGCAGGGCCACUCGGCCUCCUACUCGGCCGCCGAUAUGUACGGCGGAGGCGCGCCAGCCCCUCAGCAGCAGCAGCAGCCGCAGCAGCAGCAGCAGCCAAGGUACCCCGGCCCACAGCAACCGCCGCCGCGUGGAGGGUACUACCGCUAA